AUGAUAAAUUCAUAUCCAUGUAUGUCAUUACAUGGUGAUAUUGAUCAAUACGAUCGUGAUUCAACAAUAAUUGAUUUUAAAAGUGGUGAUAUACCAUUAAUGAUUGCAACAUCAGUUGCUGUACGUGGUUUUGAUGUUAAAGAUUUAAUUCUUGUCGUUAAUUAUGAUUGUUCAAAUCAUUAUGAAUAUUAUGUAGAUCGUUGUGGACGAACAGGUCGUGCAGGAAAAAUUGGUUAUGCAUAUACAUUUUUAACACCAGCACAAGAACGAUAUUCUGGUGAUAUAAUACGUGCAUUAGAAACAUCAGCUAUGGGUAAAAAAGUUAAAACUGGUGGUGGUUUUAGUGGACAUGGUUAUAAAUUUGAUUCAUCUGAAACACAAUUAAAAGAUGAACAAAAAAAAAUACAAAAAGUUGUUAUGGAUUUAGGAGAUUCGGAUGAAGAUGAAGAAAGUGAAGAUAUCGAUCAACAAAUUCAAUCAUUAUUUAAAAAAGUUAGUGAUACAACUACUAUCAAUGAUACACCAUCAAAAUUAGAAUUAACUAAAAAAGCAGCUGCUCGACUUACAUUUACUAAAUCCGAAACUCGAGAUUCUAUACAAGAAGCAACAACUUCAUUAUUUCAACGUGGUGGUACAUUAAAUCAAGCCGUAUCUGUGAGAUUUAAAGCUGAAAAAGAAUCUGAUUUAGAUCAAACUAUAUCAACUAAAAAAGAAAAUGUUAAUGCAAUUGACGAAAUAACAAAUGCAUUUACAUCAUCAACAAAAGAUAAAUUACGUGGAAUAGUAGAAUAUUUACAAUCUGAACGUGAACGUUUAAAUAGGCUUAUUCAAACAACAGAAGGAGGAGCUGGUGGUGGUGUUAAUGAUUACCAGAAGGAAAUGUUAUGA